AUGCUUUCCUACACACACCCCGCUGACUACCGUAGACAAACGCACCAUUUUUGCGGAAGACCCCGUAUGCCUCCGUACGACCUUAGCCCGACAACCGUUCUAGGUACACCUUCAUGCCGAACCCGUGCCCUUCGUGGUCUUCCACCUGCCACUCAUGGCUGUGGACUGGGAUGGCGAACACUCAUCCACUUCAUGAUCGUUCAAGUUGAACAGCUCGGGCUUUGCAUCGAAACCCCUCGCGAAGGCAUGAGAUUGCUGCAAACCGGAGACGAGGACCUGUUGGCGCUUGCUGAAGAACUAAAUAUCCCUAUUAUCGUGGUGCUUACUAAAUACGACCUGCUUGUUGUCGAGCACUUUCGGGACUGCGGCUCAGUGGAUGAGGCCAAGAAACGUGCAGCGAUCGCAUUCGAAAAAGUCACUACAGAGCUGAAAAGUCCUUUUGUUGGUGUUUCGACCGAGGAAGACCGUACAGCCACGCUCUUGGCCUUGACCAAGCUAACCCGACAGUGCCUGCACGACCUCGAAGGCUCACUGUGGGCCGUUUGGGCCACUGCCCAGCAAAUCAAUGUGCGUCAAAAGGUCGAACUCUCAAUCGCUUUGUUAGGGAAGGAUUCAAGAGCAAAAUAUUGGCAGAACCUAGGUGAAAGUGUUAGAUUUCAAGGGCAUUCAUUAUCCAUGAUGACAUUCUGA